AUUUCUCUCCCAUCUGACAGUCAACUUGUACAGUUGCAGGUUAGUCGCGAUAGGAAUUUGUGACGCUCACACCGCCCCGCGUCCCCAACCCCUUCAAACCCAUGGACGUCAGUCAAAAUACAUUCAAGUGCAUUCGCGCCUCACCCGAACAUUAAACCCAACCUAACUAACCUGUUACCUCAUCACACUUUUCAAAACACGCUUCACACCACUCACUCACUGACUCUGCUUCUUCUAUACCAUACAAUAUUCUUCCCAGGACGCUGCAGCGAUGGCGACCUCUCGUGACGCCCCAAAUCCGCUGCGGCCAUACUACAUCCCUCCUUCUAUCGGCCUCCCACCAGACCUGCCUCAGAACCAGACCUCACAUACCCACUCGUACAACUCACGGAGCCCAAAACCCAGCUUCGGUAGCCAUGCACGCGACAUCCUUUCCGACCUAGACUACGACUCCUACUUCCCCGACAGCUCCCCCACUCUCGCUGAGCACGCAAAGAGACUGGUAGAUCAGGCGUUAUGGAAUUACACCAGUGUGCUGUUGGCCCAGCCAUUCGAGGUUGCAAAAACCAUUCUCCAGGUCCACAUGGCGACCGGACAGGCCCCUCCAGGUUUGAGUGUCAAUGGCGACGACUUCAAGAGUCGACCGAGCUCCUUCGCGAGCGGGAAAUUCGAGGACUACCCAUCGGACGAAUCUGAUGACGAUAGUCCGAGCUACUUCACAAGCACUGCUCCGCGUGUUCCGUCCCCCACCCGUUCGCCAGAAAGACGACGAGCUCGUCAGGCCCCGAGCAGAUCAGACGCUUCAACGCCGACGCAACCGCCGCCUGCCGCAUUCCGGAGGCUAGAAUUGAGGAAGUCGGAUUCAUUGUUGGAAGUCAUAUCCCAGUUAUGGCAGAAAGAGUCGGCGUGGGGCGUGUGGAAGGGAACGAACGCAACAUUCAUCUACAACUUCCUCCUCAAGACCUCCGAGAGCUGGACGCGCAGUUUCCUCUCCGCCCUCCUCAACGUGCCAGAUCCCGGACUCAUGGGCGCUUCGGCGAGCGGCUUCGGCGGACUCGACAUCAUCGACAGCCCGAGUCCACUCAUGUCUCUCGCGGUAGCAGUCGCUGCCAGCGCCGUUGCGGCCGUCGUGCUCGCACCCCUCGACCUCGUCCGCACACGCCUGAUCGUCACACCGACCUCAGCACCCCCACGAACCAUCUGGCCGUCCCUCUCCCUCCUCCCAACCUUCUCCAUCGCGCCCGGCCUCCUCCCAGUAACCCUCCUCCACUCCACAAUACCCACCUUCAUCUCGUCAUGUACACCGCUCGUCCUCCGCUCCACCCUCGCCAUCGACCCCGUCAUCACCCCCUCCAUGUACUCCAUCUCCACCUUCCUCUCCUCGACCGUCGAACUCUUCGUCCGCCUCCCCCUCGAAACCGUCCUCCGCCGCGGCCAAGUCGCCAUCCUCGACGAAUACGAGAACCAACGCCUAUCCGACACCUACCAAAACGGCGUCACCAAAUCCCCGGUCUUCGGCAUGGAAAACGAAGACCCCUCCGUCCGCAGCUUCCGCACCAUCGUCGAACCGGGCCCCUACCGCGGCAUCUUCGGCACAAUCUGGUUCGUCGUCCGCGACGAGGGCGUCACGAUCUCCGGGCCCGGUGCCGCUGCUGCGGCGAAGCAGCCGCAGGGGGCAGGAGGCCGCGCACCGGGCUUCUCGUCGCGCACCAGGAUACGCAAGGGCCAGGGCGUGAAUGGCCUUUGGAGGGGGUGGAGAGUCGGGUUCUGGGGGCUUGUUGGCGUGUGGGGCGCUGCUGCUAUGGGCGCGGGCGGCGGCGAGUUUUAAGGAUCAUGCACUCCUCCCC